CCCGCCGCUCCAACAAUUAACACUUUUCUGUCCUCUGUCAGUCAUUCAGCCCGAGCUGCUCCAGGAGACAGUACGCGCAGACAGAGCUGAGAGAAAGCGAGAGACUGCAUCAUGGAUGUUCUUAUGCCCUCCAUGCUAGGGGAGGAUCCACACCUCAUGGCUGAACCGGCGGCUCAGAUCUUCGAGCAGCCCAAGCAGAGGGGAAUGCGCUUCAGGUACAAGUGUGAGGGUCGCUCGGCCGGAAGCAUCCCCGGUGAGAAGAGCUCCGACAACAACAGGACGUACCCCAGCCUGCAAAUCCUGAAUUACUGCGGUAAAGGGAAGGUGCGCGUUUAUCUGGUGACGAAGAAUGAACCGUAUCGACCGCAUCCACACGACCUAGUGGGGAAGGACUGCAAAGACGGAUUCUACGAGGCCGAGUUUGGUCCAGACCGCAGAGUGAUUGCUUUCCAGAAUCUGGGUAUCCAGUGUGUGAGGAGGAGGGAAGUGAAAGAUGCGAUUGUUCAGAGGAUAACCAGAGGGAUCAACCCAUUCAAUGUGCCACGUGAGCAGCUGCUGCAGACGGAGGAGUACGACUUGAACGUGGUUCGUCUGUGCAUCCAGGUUUUCCUGCAAGAUGAAAACGGCCAUUAUACCCGAGCACUCAACCCCAUCGUCACCAACCCCAUCUACGACAACAGGGCCCCAAACACAGCAGAGCUGAGGAUCUGUCGGGUCAACAGGAACAGUGGAAGUGUGAAAGGAGGAGAUGAGAUCUUCUUACUUUGUGACAAAGUACAAAAAGAUGACAUUGAGGUGCGCUUCUUCUCCUCCGAUGGCUGGGAGGCCAAAGGCUCCUUUUCUCAGGCUGACGUUCAUCGCCAAGUUGCCAUUGUUUUCAAGACACCGUCCUACUACAACACCUCCAUAACAGAGUCCAUCACUGUGCACAUGCAGUUGCGGCGACCCUCCGAUCAAGAAGUCAGUGAACCAAUGGAUUUCAGAUAUCUGCCUGACGACAAAGAUCCUUAUGGCUACAAUGAAAAGAAGCGCAGAAGAGAGCAUUUGAUGAAGAUGUCAGGAUUGUCAGGUGCUCCUUUUGCUGGUCUAGCUAUGAGUAGGCCAAAGGCGGUUUCACAGAGUACCAUGGGUCACAUGCGGAAAGACCUUCCCAACAUGUACCUGAGGCAGAACACACCUAUGAUGCAGCAACAAUCUGUCUUCAACCAGCCCUACCAACCCAGCCCUCAAAAUGUAAUGAUGACAUCUCCGGCUCCUAAUCUACAAAUCAGCCGUUCAUGGACAAAUCCCAAUCCAGCACUCUCCGUGGACACAGUGACCAUCAACCCAUCUGUUGGCAUCAGCGCUCUUCCACGCCCUAAUAACAGCAGGCUGCAACAGCAAAACCGCGGGUCUGGUUACUCCAACAGAGGGCACAGCAGCUGUGAGAACAACACCCUCCCUCAGCUCUCCAUACGGGACUUGCAGUGCUUGGACACAGUUCCUCAGGCCCAAGCAAUGAACCAGACGCAGACUCAGCCACCCUUCCAACCACAGCAUCAAAGGGAGGAGCUUGCACCAGAGACUCAGGCUCAGAACCCUAUGGGCAACCAGAGCCAUGGUCUCCAGACUAUGUGGUCUGGUUUCAAUACCCUCAAUGCAGGCCAGAACACCUUUAAUGGAUCGGUACUUGGAGGUGGACAGGCGUCACAGGGACUUGGCUCAUUCCCCUUCCUAGAGGGAAUGGAAGGAGAUGAUUUUCUGAAAGGCCUUGUAGGAGUGGGGUCUCAGACCAGCUGUCAGCUAAAGCAGGAGCCCCAGAUCACAGUGGGCCAAGAGAGCCAUGCUUCUCUCAUGCAUUCCCCAAGGGAAAGCCAAGGGAAUACUUACACCAACCUGCUUCCUCGUCCUAUGAGCAAUGGUGCCAACAUGGAUCCAAUGAGACAGGAUGGUGUUGGCAUCACUCAGCCUCUUACAAAUCUGCAGAAUCGUUACGGAAACAACAGCAUGGUCUCGGAAGGUCACUUUCCAAGUGUGGCUGACUGGCUCAAAGCAACUCGGCAAAAUGAGUAAAAGAGUGACAUUUUUGGUAUCAAAAAACAAGCAAAAGCAGUUUCAAGGUGAACACUGAUCUUCUUGAGCCUUGAAAAGUCAGGAAUUUUACAUCACUUGUACUGGCUCAGUAAGGCUUAAUAGAUGUUUGCUUGAGGAAUUUCCUCAGUGGACAUCAGACGAAAAUUAUUGGCAGCCAGCUGGAUCCAUAGCCAGAUGAAGGCUUUGUUUCAGGCAGUAAACUGAUUGACUAGUUCUCUGUUUAGCAACGACCUCACCAGAAACGCUUCCUACUUCUGUAUGGCCAAACAUGUUACUUGGUUGGUUGUCUUGCAGCUGCUGGUGCUCUCCAGACUGAUCAGUAGAACUGAGCUCACAUGGGUCCAGCUGGUUUCAGCAAUACUAAGACUUGUAUGGCUGAACUAUGCCUUAGGUUGUAAUUAUGACCUUACUACAGGCUAAUGGCUUCCAAACCAAAGUGAUGCCUUUGAAGAAGUGAAUGUAUUGCUUUCUUUCUUUGUCUUUGUCAGGUGAUGUUGGAUUUACCGACAGCAUACUGUGUAAUAUGUGUAAUAGCGCUAUAUAAAUAAAAUUGAAUUGAAUUGUAAUAAAUGUUUUGCUGGUGGGGUGGUUUGAUCUUAAGAAAAAAAGGGGGUUAAUGGAUUUUUUUUUUAAAGUGUAGCAGAAGAAAUUGCUUAUUGCCAAGGGUUUACUUUUUAUUUCUUUGUAAAACAUGUCAGUUUGAUUUUUGGUACCAGAGCAUUUGCUUUAAAGUGCACUCUGUACAUACAUGUUAGCCGUAGUUGAGAGUGACAGCAGUAACCAUGCUGAAACACUCAAGAACUGGCAAGGUACUGAAAUUUCCAUUGAGGAAGUGGGAGGACGCACAUUCAGUGGUGUUUCUCCUUUGUAAUGACUAUGUCAUACCAGCAAUCACGUGUUAUCCAGAGUUCUCAGAGCAUUUCUAGCAGAUGUUUUAUACGUAGAUACAGGCAUCAGAUACAGAUGUCAAUUUUAAUGUUUUAUUCAUUUUACUGAUGCUCUUAGGGAUAGUUACCAAAAACUUCUUGCUCAAGGACUGACGGCACAUGGCUGAUAAUGGACAAACACUGACUUCUGUCAGACAACUUUAGCACCUCACUCAGCCUAAAAUGUUUUCUUAAUUUUAUGCCUUCUAGAAGCUUUUUUCUUGUAUGAAAGUAUAUAUUUUGAUGACUACUUUGUAAGAUUUGAUAUUUUUGUUUCUCUUUUUUCUACAAGAUCAGCAAUAAACAGUCUGUUUCUA